AUAGGAACAAGGAAAAGGGUCCCGGGACUAAGAAGAAACGGCAGCCGGUAGGGGGCUUCGGGACCAUGGGCCUUCUGACCAUCCUGAAGAAGAUGAAGCAGAAAGAACGGGAGCUGCGACUACUCAUGCUUGGCCUGGACAAUGCUGGCAAAACAACUAUCCUCAAGAAGUUCAAUGGGGAAGACAUCGAUACCAUCUCCCCGACGCUGGGCUUCAACAUCAAAACCCUGGAGCACCGGGGGUUCAAGCUGAACAUCUGGGAUGUUGGCGGCCAGAAGUCCCUGAGGUCCUACUGGCGGAACUACUUUGAGAGCACCGAUGGCCUCAUCUGGGUGGUGGACAGCGCCGACCGCCAGCGCAUGCAGGACUGCCAGCGGGAGCUCCAGAGCCUGUUGGUGGAGGAGCGCCUGGCUGGAGCCACCCUCCUCAUCUUUGCUAACAAGCAGGACCUGCCUGGAGCACUGUCUUCUAACGCCAUUCGAGAGGCCCUGGAGCUGGACUCCAUCCGCAGCCACCACUGGUGCAUCCAGGGCUGCAGCGCCGUCACCGGGGACAACCUGCUGCCGGGCAUCGACUGGCUCCUGGAUGACAUUUCCAGCCGCAUCUUCACAGCCGACUGAGCCGCUCCAGAUGCCCCCCACCUCUCAGUCGGCCCCCGCCCAGCCCCCGCCAGGCCCUCAACAACCACCGCCCAUGGGGGGAUGGGAAUCAGCCAGCCCAACUAACACCCCUCAUCCCCCUACGUAACCUGCUGCUGCUGCCCACUGCUGCUCCUGUGGCAGACGGACUGCUGCCCCGGCCAUCACCCAGGCUCCUGACCCGGCCUGCCUGCAGCUGCCACACCUAGAGGGGAGGGCGGGGGCUGGGAGGGGGCUGCCUCUGCUGCUCUCAAGGCUGUGGGCCUCGUCCUUGCUCAGCUGUGAGAAUAAACCACUCCUGCCCUGGUC